AUGAAGCGAGAUAUCAGCAACGUCACACCCGCCACCAACGGGACACACGACGCGGAUAAAGCACACACGAAUGGCGACCAUACCGAGAGCCAGCCCCUCGAUAUGGUUAUCGUGGGGGCCGGGUUCGCAGGAGUAUACCUGCUUCAUCAACUGAGGAGACGGGGUUUCAAGGCGAAGAUCGUCGAGGCCGGCUCCGACCUCGGCGGCAUCUGGUACUGGAACCGCUACCCGGGCGCCCGCGUCGACAGCCAAUACCCCGUGUACGCGCUGUCCAUCCCGGAAGUGUACAAGGACUGGACCUGGUCGUCGCAUUACCCGGACCACGCCGAACUGCGCGCCUAUUUCGAGCACGUCGAGGACCGCCUGCACGUCAAGAAGGACUGCGUCUUCGACAGCAAAGUCACGGCCGCGACGUGGGACGACACGACAUGUCUGUGGACCAUCACGUGCGAGACGGGCCGGACGUUCACGACGCGGUACUGGACCGCGUGCACGGGAUUCGCGGCCAAACGGUACUUUCCGGCGUGGGAGGGGCUCGACGACUUCAAGGGCGUGAUCCACCACUCGAGCUUCUGGCCCAAGGAGGGCGUCGACGUCAAGGGGAAGAGAGUCGCCGUCGUGGGCACGGGGGCUACCGGCGUGCAAAUCACGCAGGAGUGGGCCAAAGAGAUCGGACCGGACGGCCAUCUCAAAAUGUUCCAGCGGACGCCCAACUACGCGUGUCCGAUGAACCAAGUCUUCAUGACGAAAGAAGAGCAGCUCAAGCUCGUCGACGAGCUGGCCGAUCGGUUCGCCGAGCGGAACAAUUUCUACAAUGGCUUCUUGUACCAGUGGCGCGACAACCUGACGUUCGACCACAGCGAGGAAGAGAGACGCGAGUUUUAUGAGAUGCUAUGGAAGAUGGGCGGCUUCCGCUUCCUCAUGAACAACUACUACGACAUGACGCGCGACAGCGUGGCCAACCAGACUGCCUACGACUUCUGGCGCGAAAAGGUCCAUGCUCGCGUACACGACGAGCGCAAGGCCGAACUGCUUGCCCCAAAGGAGAAACCUCACCUGUUUGGCGGGAAGAGGUUGUCUCUCGAGCAGGAUUUCUACGACCACUUUAAUAAGCCCAACGUCGAUGUCAUCGACACGCGAACCAACCCCAUCGUCCGAUUCACUCCGGACGGCAUCGUGCAGGAGGACGGCACGUUCCACGCGCUGGACGUCAUCGCGCUGGCGACGGGCUUCGACUCCAUCACCGGCGGACUGAAGGACAUGCACGUCACGGGCGUGGACGGCGUGGUGCUGGCCGACAAGUGGGCCGCCGGCACGUGGACGUACCUGGGCAUUUCGACCGCGGGGUUUCCUAACUUUUUCUUCACGUACGGCCCCCAGGCCCCAACGGCGUUCAGCAACGGCCCCAGCUGCAUCGAGAUCCAAGCCGACUGGAUCGUCGAGGUGCUCGAGGACAUGGCCGCGCGGAAUCUGCGCAAGAUGAACCCGCAACGUCGCGCCGAGGAACAGUGGCGCGAGUUGGUGUUCGAGUUGAUCAACGACACGCCGCGUGGGAAGGUCGACUCGUGGUAUAAUGGCGCCAACAUCCCGGGGAAGCCGCGCGAGCAUUUGAACUAUGCGGGCGGGAUCCCCAGGUAUAAGAAGACGUUGGAGGAGGUGAGGAAGGGAGGGUAUGAGGGGUUUGAGUUGUCUUGA